UACAUGGUAAGCGCCAAGACGAGAUAAGGGAGUUUUGCGGCGAGUGAGGAGGCCGGGAUUACGAGCAAUUAUGGUGGAGCGCCAUCUCAGAUCUGGGAUUGGUUUUGCCGUGUCUUGUUCUGUUUCCGGACUUGCGGCGAGCACUGUAAGACGACCGAAACCGAGAUCCACUCCCUUACUGAUCCAAAGCUCGAUUCUCUCCAACCAACUGCCAGCCCAGUCGCCACUUUGCGGUCACGAGUUUCACUAUUUGUUUCUUUCUCUUGCUCUGAUCAUCACGUAUUUACCGGAAUAGGAUUUCGAAGAGGUGUACGUAGUAGUAGUCAGACAUUAAACCUUCACCACCU